CAGAUAUAAAUAUGAGCUGCCAACACAAGGCAGGGGAGAAUGUCUGAGAAAACCGAAGGGAGCGACAUGGAGUGUGGAACUACUUCUGGGAAAGGCGAUCAAAUCGCAAAGGGGUUCAGCUCCAAACGCAACCGAGUGAGCGGAGGAGAGGCCGGGAGCAGCAGAUACGGUUUGAGAAAGAGGCAGAGAAGAGAUUGCACUGAGGAAAGGGAUCUUCCUGCCGAUGAUUACCUGUCAGCCAAAGUGGAUGAUUCUGAGGCUCAUCCCUGGCCUCAUGCCGGCGUUGUGUUGACUCGUGCCGAGUUCCUCCAGGAACACAGCAGAAGACAUCCCGAGUUCCAUAAAGACACAUCAACAACGCAGACUGCUCGUAGCGCAAACGAUGCUUUGCAGCAGAGAGAGUGUCAGGAAUCUAUCGUAUUUCAUGUUGAGGAAAACCGAGUCUCGCAAACAGGAUCUCUACAGGGUCACAAGCAAUCGAACACAGGAGAUAGACUGUAUAAAUGUUCCCGAUGUGGUGAGACUUUCAUACAUUCAGGGCACCUCAAGAGACACCAGCAAUCACACCGAGGAAAGCGUCUGUAUGAGUGUCUGGAAUAUGGGAAGAGGUUCAAAAUGUUGGGCAGUCUGAAGAUACACCAUCGAUCCAACACAGGAGAGAGGCCAUAUAAAUGUUCAGAAUGUGGAAAGAGUUUUGCAACGUCAACUGAUCUCCAUAGACACCAUCGAUUUCACACAGGAGAGAGGCCAUAUGAAUGUGUUCACUGUGGAAAGAGUUUCGCAACGUCAGGUUAUCUCCAGAUACACCAUCGGUAUCACACAGGAGAGAGGCCAUAUGAAUGUGUUGAAUGUGGAAAACGUUGCACAACUUCAAGUCAACUCCAAAUACACCAACAAACACACACAGGUGAGAAGCCAUAUAAAUGUGCAGAAUGUGGAGUGAGUUUCAGAGCAUCAGGAUCGCUCAAAAUACACCAUCGAUCACACACUGGAGAGAGACCGUAUAAAUGUGCUGAGUGUGGAAAGAGUUUCAUUGCUUCCGGAUCGCUCAAAAUACACCAUCGAUCACACACCGGAGAGAGACCAUAUAAAUGUGCUGAGUGUGGAAAGAGAUUUUCAAAGUCGAGUUAUCUCCAGAUACACCAUAGAUCACACACAGGAGAGAGGCCAUACAAAUGUAAACUGCAUAAAUAUAACGAAUGUGGGAAGAGUUUUGUUCAUUCAGGGGAUCUCCACAAACACCAGCGGAUACACACAGGAGAGAAAUCGUUUGAAUGUAAUGAAUGUGGGAAGAGUUUCACAGAGUCAGGAAGACUCCGAAAACACCAGCGAACACACACAGGAGAGAAACCGUAUAACUGCUCCCAAUGUGGGAAGAGUUUCACACGUUCAGUGACACUCCCCAGUCACCAGCGGAUACACACAGGAGAGAAACCGUAUAAAUGUGCGGAAUGUGGGAAGAGUUUUGCGAACUCCCAACACACGAAACACCAGAAAUUGCUGUGA